UGCUCGUGGCAAAAAACGACGUAUUGAGAGGCCUUUUGCCUUGCGCCACUACACGGGGCAGUAGCCAAUUUCCCAUUCCCUUCAAUCGAAUCCGCCGCUCUUUUCUCCUCACUAUCACAAGCAGCGCUGCUGACGUUUACGACAGCGACCACAUCAGGGUGAACUUUCCUUGACCCUAAAACAAUGGAUUAUCGUGAUCAAAGACGUUCACGGUCUGCCCACCACCAACAUCAUCACCCAUCACCCCCGCAGACUCCUCCCGUCUACCCACAACAGCAGUAUUCUGGGUAUAGCCAUUUAUCUUCUCCGUCACCUGCGAGCGCCUACUCGCAGCAGCGGCCAGCGUUCAACCAGUUUCAAGAGGGCAGAACACCAAAUAUCUCUUUUCAAACUACUGAGCGUGGUGAUAGGCAGAGUGCCCUGGAUCAGCAACGCCAGCGUACACUGCCCUCUGCAUACGAAAACCAACUUUCACCUACUAUCGACUCUGCAGGAGCAGAUCACCUCGAUCCUGCACGAGUGGGGCGGAAGAAGAGUUUGGUCCGACCAGACAGGGAGAAGAUCGAACCUGGCCACAGGCAAUGGCACUAUCGCACUCAUGCAGCACAGAUGCAGAAUGAGGGGACUGGUAGAGUGGGUGUUCAACCGUCAAGUACUGGUAAUUAUCCGCAGAAAGCAGUGCUCCGCAGAGGAAAAUCUUUUCUUGGACGUGAAGAGGACGUGCAGGAGUCAGGACUUGCUCUCUUUAAACGGGGUGCAACCCUUCGGCGCAAGCGCCCAGCAUCCACUCAGUCUGCCGCGCCACUAACAGUACCUGACCGCCAGUCACGCAAAUGUCUUGACAGCAUCGGGCCGGGGCCCAAGGAUGCAUGGUUUAUUUACUGUUACAUCAUUACCUGUUGGAUCCCCCACUUCAUUCUCCGGACAUGCGGUAUCCGCACGCCAGAUGCGCAACGUGCAUGGCGCGAGAAAAUAGGUCUAAUAAGCAUCAUCUUGAUAGAGAUGGCUGGUGUCGGUUUCGUUACAUUCGGCUUCACAGAAACUGUUUGCGGCAUUCCUCCAAAUCGAUUCCACCAGGGCCAGAUUCAGAACAACUCGGUGAUCAUCCAUGGCUAUGACUACGACUUUUCCAACUUCAAGCAUCCAGCCGUGGGGCCGUUCAACGGAUCAACAAACCCGCUGCUGACUGGUGGAUGGAACCUGGCCAGUAACGAUGCAAGCUUCUUGUUUCAGAUCACCAAUGAUAACUGCUUGGGCAUCAUCACGAAGGCGAACGGUUCCAGUAUCACGGGCAGUGGACAAAUGUUGGACUGGUACUUCCCCUGUAAUGUGUUCAAUCCACAGUCAAACGCACAGAAUGUGUCCGGAUAUGGAGAUUCGACGAACUGUCAUGUAUCUUCCACAGCAAGGCAGGGGCUAGCUGCGAUGAAGCCUCAGGGGCAGGUCUACUACACAUGGGAUGAUGUCGCAGCUUCCGGUCGUAAUUUGGCCGUCUUCGAGUCCAACGUUCUCGACCUAGAUCUUCUACAGUGGCUCAGCACUGCUGAGGUGCAGUACCCUGCUCUUUUCGAUGAGAUGAAAAAUGCAGAUGGAACAUAUAAUGGAAAAGACCUUUCUAUGAUGUUCAUGCGAUCAAACCAGCGCCAGGUCGGCAAGUGUCUGGAGGACGUGAUCACGGUCGGGUUUAUUGAUACCAAUUCAAUCGGUUGCGUUGCCUCCGAGGUCGUCCUCUAUCUGUCCCUCGUGUUCAUUAUCGGCGUCGUCGCUAUUCGCUUUGUCAUGGCCGUCAUGUUCGCAUGGUUUUUCUCAUGGAAGCUCGGUAAUUUCCCGCGGGAGACAUAUGAGCAACGUAUGCAGCGCUCCGCCCAGAUAGAAGACUGGUCGAACGAUAUCUACCGGCCUGCACCGAGCGAAUAUCGUCCCAAUGUGAGCAAGAAUGGAUUACGAAAUGGGAAGGUCGGGAAGAAAGGAUUCUUUCCGUCUACCUCUCGCUUCACACCACAGGAAAAUAUGCCUAAGGGCGCCUCUCCUCGACCUACCACGAAUUACGGAAUGGGAGAUCCCUACAAGCGGAACACCACAUAUUCUACCAAAGCUUCUAAAGUCAGUCCCCCUGAUACACCAUACCGUCAAUCAAGAAGCACCAUGUCGUUUGGUGAUAUAUCGUCUCGCAAUAUCUCUCCUCGCUCCGCGUUCCUUGACACACCCUGUCCGUUCCCUCUGCAGAAUGUUGUGCCACAGCCUCCCCCCGAUUUCGAACCGUUCAACUUCCCCCUCGCGCACACUAUUUGCCUGGUCACGGCAUACUCAGAGUCCGUCGAGGGUCUUCGUACAACGCUCGACUCCCUCGCCACGACAGAUUACCCUAACAGCCACAAGCUCAUCCUGGUCAUCGCGGAUGGUAUGGUCAAAGGUGCUGGUAACUCAAUGACAACGCCGGAGAUUUGUCUUUCAAUGAUGAAAGACUUCGCCAUCUCACCGCAUGAGGUCGAGCCACACUCUUAUGUUGCCAUUGCAGAUGGGCACAAGCGUCAUAACAUGGCAAAGGUCUACGCCGGUUUCUACGACUACGACAAUGCCUCGGUUGAGGUGUCGAAGCAGCAGCGCGUUCCGAUGGUUGUCGUUGCCAAGGUCGGCAACCCGCUGGAGACAAACGACGCGAAGCCUGGAAACAGAGGCAAGCGUGACUCGCAGAUCGUGCUCAUGGCGUUCUUGCAGAAGGUCAUGUUUGACGAGCGGAUGACGACGUUUGAAUAUGAGUUCUUCAACUCCAUCUGGCGCGUGACGGGUGUCAGCCCAGAUCGAUAUGAACUUGUGCUUUGCGUUGAUGCGGAUACCAAGGUGUUCCCGGAUUCGUUGACUCGCAUGGUGUCAUGCAUGGUUGUGGACGUUGAGAUUAUGGGUCUGUGCGGAGAGACAAAGAUUGCAAAUAAAGCGGAUAAUUUCGUGACGAUGAUGCAGGUCUUCGAGUACUACAUCUCACAUCACAUGACUAAGGCGUUCGAAGCCAUGUUCGGUGGUGUUACAUGUUUACCCGGUUGUUUCAGUAUGUACCGGAUCAAGGCUCCCAAGGGUGACACUGGGUACUGGGUUCCUGUCCUGGCAAACCCUGACAUCGUGGAACGGUACUCAGAGAACGUUGUUGACACUUUGCACAAGAAGAACCUGUUACUCCUCGGAGAAGAUCGAUACCUCACAACCCUCCUGCUCAAGACAUUCCCGCGGCGCAAGAACAUGUUCUGUCCCCAGGCCGUCUGCAAGACCAUCGUCCCUGACACCUUCCACGUUCUGCUCUCCCAACGUCGUCGGUGGAUUAAUUCAACGAUCCAUAAUCUGUUUGAGCUCGUUCUUGUCCGUGAUCUUUGCGGAACGUUCUGUUUCUCGAUGCAGUUCGUCGUGGGUAUGGAGCUUAUGGGAACGCUCGUCCUGCCCGCCGCUAUUAGUUUCACUCUCUACCUCAUCAUCAUCUCUAUCAUCCCUGGCGGUGCCAACACUACCAUCCCUCUCGUACUGCUUGCCAUCGUCCUUGGUUUACCCGGUCUCCUCAUUGUCGUAACGUCACGCAAGGUCGCUUAUGUCGGAUGGAUGAUCGUGUAUUUAAUUUCGUUGCCCAUAUGGAACGGUCUCCUCCCUGCAUAUGCGUUCUGGCACUUUGAUGACUUCUCAUGGGGUCAGACGCGGCAAGUUGCAGGUGAUAAGGGUGGCAACCAUGGUGAUAAGGAGGGAGAAUUUGACUCUUCGCAUAUCGUCAUGAAGCGCUGGGCUGAGUUCGAGCGUGAUAGGCGGUGGAAGAAUGGGGUGCAAUCUCGUGAUUCAACUGUCAACAAUCGGUACUCGAUGGCAUCAAACUCUGAUGUUAAUCAUAAUGGUGUUGACUCAUCAACGACAGAGUCUGCGCCCAGUGUGCCAUACGCAUCUGGUACUCGGUCGAGACACGACAGUAACGGCCUUCUUACACUCCCUACACCACUUUCCGUCAGUAAGAAUCCCAGCUCUGUGACACCAACCUCGUCAGCCGCUAUGUCACGCUCUAGUGAAGAUGUUGUUUAUUCAGAUGGGGGCUCCACCUCUAAUCAACGACUUGUUUCCUCCCAGCAAGACCAAUACGUCGACUCGUAUACUGAAUCUCCGACGCCGCGGUACCCCCAGUUUGAUGCUCACGUUGCCCGGGCAGGGGGUGUUCUUCGCAAUCAGACCAUAUCCAGCCAAUACCCUGGAGAGACCCAGAACCCAUUCCGCUCUGAACCAUAUGUGGCUACGUAUGACGACCAGUAUGGUGGCUAUAGUGCCGAACCAGAAGAUAUGUCACCGCCGCCUGUGCCCAGCAAAUAUCAACAAGGGGGCCGUGGGGUCAGCUUGUCUGACAAUGGACCUGUUCCUGGGCCCGAGGGUGUCCGUAGGGUAGCGAGACCAGCAGUCCGUCGGUCCACAUCACAGGCGCCUCAGAACCGAUACUCUCGUUCGUCAACGUUUAAUCUACCACCUGGAGCAGCGCCUCCACAUCCAGGAGGAUAUGGAAGCGGAUAUUAAAGAUACAUUCUAUUUUUGAUUUCAUGUGACAUUCUUCGAGAUCAGGUUCCAAACUUUUGGCUGGCCAGUGAAUUUAAGGAUGCUCUUCGUUUGCUCUCUUUGGACUACACGUGUUUUAUGGUGAUACCUUACGACCUUUUCAUUCUUCCAGUCCUUCCUUGACUUUAUCUUAACAACGCGCAGUUGAUCUGGACAGUAUCACGAAACGCAAUAUCUCUGUAAUAUUUCAACUUGGAUGCAUAAGCUAUCGUUCAGAUUUGUUACAUGCAUCGUCCACUCCUUAUAGAUACUAGAGGACUUCUUGUAGCAAAAAAGCAAAAAAAAAAAAGCCGAGUCUUGAAUACAAUGUGCAGCCCAGCCUGCCCAGGGUUAUUGUGGAAGUAUUUGGUUUGCACAAACAAGGGAGGUCGUGGUAGCCUUGAGGCGCUGGGGAA